AUGUUAGGAUUAAGAUAUUUUAUUAUAACAAACAUUUUAAGAGUACAAGAAGUAAAAGCAGCUGAGGGAUUAGGAAGUCUUAAAAAUAUAGGCUCAAACCUAUCAGAACUUUGUAGAUCAAACAGUCCACUUUGUUCAAAACCAGGAUUACAAAGAGCAUUUCAGAAUGCCGUAGGAAGAAUUGAACCAUCUGAAUUUGAUAGAGAGAAACUGGUAGAAGAAUGUAAGAAGUUAGCAAGCACAGGAACAUCAGUAGAAGGUGUAACAGUUGGGUAUUCACCAGCAGCCUUUGAUCAAGGACAUUACAAUGAUUGUAUUGCACAAAGAACAAAGGAUACAAAGGAAAUGCUAAAGAAGCUAGUGAAGUCAUUUGAACAGAUAGUAAGGGAUUCAAACACACCAAAGCCAAUGACUAAAAGCUGUACCUAUAAGUUGGAUUUUGCCUCACUAGAAUGUUAUCAACAAAACAAGAUGAAUGAAAUAAUGACAGCAAAGGAAUGGAAGUUGAUAGUAGUAGAGAAUGUAAUUCAAUUAUGGUACAAGAACACAUUAGCAGCCAUGGCAAUAAUGGAGAAUAUACGUUAUGAGAUACUUGACUUCCUGGAGAAAUGUGCAUCAUCAUUUAGAACUAAAACCAAUUCAGUGACAUUCAACAAAUUCGGAGAAGCCAUGACAAGUGAAGGAGCCAUUAGAUCAUCAAAGAAUCCAAAUAAUUGUGUUCCAUGUUCUGAGUAUUACAAUAAACGUGAUAAGCGUGUAAGUGUAGAUGGACAUUAUAGUAAUUGUUCAGCAUCAUGUGAUAUGAUGAGUAAAUUCGUAGCUUAUAACACAUUCCCAGAACAAAGGAAGAUUACUAAAAACCGUUUAUUGGUUAAGAAUAAAAAAGAAAAGAAAGCUAAUACAGAUGAAUCUUCUAGUGAUAGUGGAAGUGAUGAAAGCAGUAGUGGAAGUAAUGAAAGCAAAGGUUCUGAAUCAAAUGAAUAA